CCCCACUGUUUGACCAUCCCCCAUGUCUGCUUCUGCUUCGCCAGACUCGUAGCCCCUUCUCGCGCGUUUGACGUGGCCGCCUGCUGCUGUCCACGCCGCUUCGCCCGGCCCAGCUUCGGCUCCAGCGCAUCGGCUCGAUGACGCCGCGCCCUGUGCCGGUUCCCUUGUCUGUCACCAUGUCUGGCAACUUUGAUUUCCCUCCAGCCACCGGCUCCGCUCCUUCCUCCUCCAACGACGACAACUCGAACUCGACCCUGCCCGCCCGCCUCCAGCACAUCCGUCAGGCCCUGCAACGCGAGCGAGAGCAGCAGCGCGCCACCAACGACCAAGAAGCCUCCGAACGCCGCAUUCGCCUCUCCGAUCCCCAACCUGCCUCCAUGCCGCCCCGAAGGAGACUCCGCACCGCGCGAGGCUCGGCCGGGUCCUACGGCUUCUUGGGCGACCAAGCUAGUCGUCCCCACGAAUCCGCACACACCCCGGACCCUCCGACUUCGGCAAUCCGCGAUAGGCCCCGCGCCGAGCCAGGCUCGAGACUCGGUGCUUUGUGGCGUGCACGCGAAAGGGACAGGGCGGAGAGCAACACCCCUCUGACCGAGUUGUCGGAACUAGAGCGAGCUGGAGAGAGAUUGGCCGAGAUAAGCGCCAGUAUAUCAUCGUUGAUAGGAACACCGCACAACAUUCAGAACUCUGAAUUACUGCGUCUGGGCUUUGGCGAUCGUCGUGAUGGUAGCGGCAGUCCGUCCCGUCGGAGCACAAAGCGCCGAAAGCUGGAUCAUGAUAACACGCCCUCUGUACCGAGUUUCAGGUACGGGCACUUUGGUCAGGUGGUGUCUGGAAAGCUGAAGAUGGAAAUCGUCAGUUGCGACGGCGGUGAAUACAACGACAGCACCGGAGACCUGCACCGGGUAGAGAACGCGCUCAAAAAUGACGCCAGUGUCUACUGCACCAAGAAGUCACAUUGCAAUCUGGUCUUGCGGCAUCAAGGGGGUACGACAUUCUGCUUGGAUAAAAUCGUCAUCAAGGCGCCCGAGAGAGGUUUCACGGCCCCGGUCCAGGAAGGCAUGAUCUUUGUCUCCAUGGAUAAGGAUACGCUUCUCAAGGGGACUGAGCCCUACCAAAUAAGUUACAGCAGCGAGUCUUCAGCUACAUCACGUGCUUCAAGCACGUCCUCAUCUUCGUCUCGCAGACCUGAGCGUAUAUCCUUACUCGAGAGCCUCCAAGACCCUGAAGUCCUUGCAGGGUCCUUGGCCCGCCGGCCACAUUGGUUGAUGGCUCAAGAUCGCGUAGAUCAGCAGAUCCAAGAGGACCGACAAGCAAGAUUUGCGCGGCUCCUACGUAUGAGGCGUCGGAUUGAGAGUGCGUACGCCGAGAACAUCAGGGCACCGCAAUCAAACCCGUUCGGAGACAACUGCGACUCCGAAACCAACGACCGCCCGUCCAUGAUCUCGCCCAUGGCACCAGCUCCGCCUCCGUUUUAUGUCACGCAAGAAGAGGACGAUGACUCAAGUGAUUCCGAUCAGGAGCAGCCUAGCGCAUCCAUCAUGGCCGACCGGCUGAGGCGGGACAGCCGGUGGCGUGGAGAUACUGACGAUGAAGAUGAAGAUGAAGCGCGCAUGAACAUUUUCUGGGAGCCACGGAGCCGGGCUAUGGCGCCCGGCAUCCUGCGGUCUGCGCGGCGGAGCACGCCCAGCAAGAUUGAGCCAGAGGAAUCGGCUGUCGCUGACGGAGACGUCUUGGCGCCGCAUGCCCGCUUCUUCAUGCAGAAGAGCAAGAGCAAGAUCACCAUCAGGUUCGAUCCGCCUGUCUCUGGCAAGUUCAUCCUGCUUAAACUGUGGAGUCCGUCCAAGAACGGAAACAUUGACGUGCAGCAUGUUGCUGCGCACGGCUUCGCUGGCCCUCGCUACUUCCCUGCCUGUGAAAUGCGCUAGGUCGGCGGCGGUAUGGGAAGCGGGUCAUGGUGCUAUAGGCAGUGGUAUCUUGCCUCCAUUUUUGGCAGAAUUUCAUACUUGUGAAAGUUGGACUUUUCAAAAACUCGACACCAGAGGGGGUCAUUUGUGGAGGAAAGGAUGGAAACCAUCCUUAGGGGCCUGGCAUUGUUCGGGGAAGGAGUGGAGAUGUAAUGAAUCGGCUGUUUAUUUUUGGCACCCGCCUUACACGGUGAGGGUCAAUAGCGGUUUCCGACCUCGGACCAGACGGUAAUCAUUACACUAGAGGUACUCAGGC